AUGGAUGAGAUCAGCAUAUUUUCAAAAGCUCCGGCAAAUUCAGCAAAAAGCUCAGAUUUAUCCCAAAUAAAUCAUAUGGUUGAACUAUUUCAAAAUUCUUUGCACCAACAAAAAGUGCAUAUCGCUUAUGAAGUUCGUGCAGUUCUUUUUGAAGAGCUCUCAUCUUCAUUCCAAAAUAACUUCUCUUCAGCACUAGAAAAUAUAAAUCAAUCUAAUAAAGCUUCUUUAAUGACUUUAGAAAGAAAAAUCGACGAAAAACUUAAAAAUCUUGAAGAAAGGCUUAGCAAGUUAGAAUGCGAAAAUUGAUAUAUUAAACAAUUUCAGACUAAAAUAGAAGAAAAUUUUGAUAAGCAAGAUCAGAAAGUCCAAGAAUUAUCUAUGAAUUGAAGCAGCAUGAUCCAGACAAUGUGAAAAAUAAAUGAAGAUAAUAAAAAAUUAGAAGAAAUGCAAGAGAAAUUAAAUGAAAACCUUAUUGCUAUUCACAGAGAUUUGAGAACUUUAAAAGAAACAGUAAAAAUGAAAAAAGAUAAUACAGAUGAUAUUAAAGAGAUGCAAAAAGAAGUCUAUACGCUAAAAGUGGAAGUGUUUAAUAAAUUUUUGAUAGAAAACGAAAAAAAUUAUGAAAAAUUUAUGAAAAUUGGAACUGAUUUUGAUUCGAUUAAAGCAAAAAUAGGGACAAUUGAAAGAAAUAGCAGAGAAAGCGAUAAUUUAUCAGAUUCCUUAAAAUCUUUAAAAGUAAGAGAAGAAAGCCAGCUAGUUUUAGUUCUGAAGGACCAAUUUUCUGAUGAUAUCAAAAAAAUCAAUGAAAAUAUGAGAAAUUUAGAGUCGAAAGUGGAUGAUUUAGAAAUUGCUGAGUAUAAAAAUGCAAAGAUUCGGCAAAAAGUUGGAGUUUAA